AAUAACUCCUUUGCAUUCGUGUUUUCUCUUGCUCAAGAAAAGCCUCUUUACACUCUCACUGUAUUUGCUUUACCUCCUCCCUUCGCUAUCAACGAACGAUCUUAAACGAAUCGCUCUCUCUCUCUCUCUCGAUCUUCACCAAUGGCAAAGGAACCAGUUCGCGUUCUCGUUACCGGAGCUGCAGGACAAAUUGGAUAUGCCCUCGUUCCCAUGAUUGCUAGGGGAGUGAUGCUUGGUCCUGACCAGCCUGUGAUCCUCCACAUGCUUGAUAUCCCACCUGCAGCUGAGGCAUUGAAUGGUGUGAAGAUGGAGUUGGUAGAUGCCGCGUUUCCUCUUCUUAAAGGUGUUGUUGCCACAACCGAUGUUGUGGAGGCCUGCACUGGGGUUAACAUCGCAGUAAUGGUUGGUGGCUUCCCAAGGAAGGAAGGAAUGGAGAGAAAAGAUGUGAUGUCUAAAAAUGUCUCAAUCUACAAGUCACAGGCUUCAGCUCUCGAGAAGCAUGCAGCUGCAAACUGCAAGGUUUUGGUUGUUGCUAACCCAGCAAACACCAACGCAUUGAUUUUAAAGGAAUUUGCACCAUCUAUUUCUGAGAAAAACAUUACUUGUUUGACAAGACUGGACCAUAACAGGGCACUUGGUCAAAUUUCAGAGAGGUUGAGCGUCCAAGUCUGUGAUGUUAAAAAUGUGAUUAUUUGGGGGAAUCACUCGUCUUCCCAGUACCCUGAUGUCAACCAUGCUACUGUUAAGACUCCAGCUGGGGAGAAACCAGUGCGGGAGCUUGUUAAGGACGACGAGUGGUUGAAUGCAGAGUUCAUCGCUACUGUUCAACAACGUGGUGCUGCAAUCAUCAAAGCAAGGAAGCUUUCAAGUGCACUAUCAGCUGCUAGCUCAGCUUGUGACCACAUUCGUGAUUGGGUUCUUGGAACUCCUGAGGGUACCUGGGUUUCCAUGGGGGUGUACUCUGAUGGUUCAUACAAUGUACCAGCUGGUCUCAUUUAUUCCUUCCCUGUAACUUGUCAGAAUGGAGAGUGGAAAAUUGUUCAAGGGCUCAGCAUUGAUGAAUUCUCAAGGAAGAAGUUGGAUUUGACAGCUGAUGAGCUUUCGGAGGAGAAGGCUCUUGCAUACUCGUGUCUCUCUUAGAUGCGCUUUCCCCCCCGCCCCCUACACUGGCGUGUAAUAACAGAGAGCCCGUUCACCUUCCAAACCAGCCGGCAGCGUUAAUUUUUCAAUAAAGCUUUUGUUCUACCUAGAUGAAUUAAUUGUGGAGGAGCUGCCACCUUGGAUCUUACUUUGUUAAAGACGGUCACAUAUGAUAUGAGGAUGUUUGAAUUUUUGUUGUAUGUUUUCCUCGAUUGAGACUUCAAUAGCUGCUGCCAAUACAUGAUGAGUUCUCAAGGUAAUUUUGUACGCAA